CCCUCAUAAAAAGGACCCGCCUGACGGCGGCUGAUCCACUGGUUCAGUGGCUCUCAGACCCAGUCUUUCUCCCAUAGCUCCUGGUUCUCGACCCCUUCUUCCUCUCCUCAGAAACAGCGCCCUAUACGUGGCUCUGGACGUAGUACAGCCAUGGAUACGCUCGACAAAUCCCAGAUUGACACCCUGCGGAAGGCCUUCGACUCCUUCGACAUGGAGAAGCAGGGCUUCAUCACCACGGAGACAGUCAAGACGAUCCUCAGGAUGAUGGGCGUCAAGAUCUCCGAGGCGAAUCUUGCUGAAGUCAUCGCCGAGACAGACGAAGACGGUUCCGGUCAACUGGAAUUCGAGGAGUUCGUCUCAUUGGCAGCCAAGUUCCUCAUUGAGGAAGAUGAAGAAUCCCUGAAGGCUGAGCUCAAAGAGGCAUUCCGUAUUUAUGAUAAGGAAGGCAACGGCUUCAUCACCACCGACGUCUUGAAGGAGAUUCUGUCCGAGAUCGACAACAAACUGACCCCCGCUGAUCUCGACGGCAUCAUUGAGGAAGUCGAUGAGGACGGUUCCGGAACUCUCGACUUCGACGAAUUCAUGGAGAUGAUGACCGGUUAAUCAACCCAGUUACCGCCAAGGUCUUUCCAUUCCUGCUACUCUCUCUCUCUCUCUCUCUCUCUCUCUCUCUCUCUCUCUCUCUCUCUCUCUCUCUCUC